UUUAAUUAUUCUUAUUAAAAUAUUUUAAUUUUUUACUUUUACAAUUUUAUACGGAAAUGAAUAUAAAGACUUUUGUUUUUAUCGAUUUGGAAACAACUGGAUUACGUAAUUAUAAACAUGAAGCAAAAAUAACUGAAAUGUGUUUAGUUGCUGUGAAUCGUUGUCAUUUAAUGUCAAAUUUUCCGCAACAAAUACCGCGAAUUUUAAAUAAAUUAAAUUUGUGUUUUUAUCCUCAAAAACAAAUUUCUCCAUAUGCUUCAAAAUUAACUGGAUUAUGCAACGAUUCUUUGAAAAAUAUUCAACCUUUCUCAAUUCUAUCAUAUGAACUUAUAGACAAAUUUCUAAAGCAUCAAGAGAGUCCAGUGUGUUUAGUGGCACAUAAUGGUUUUAAGUUCGAUUAUAUGGUUUUAAAUGAUCAGUUACAACAAUUGGGGAAAAAAUUACCAGAUGAUAUACUUUGUAUGGAUACGCUACCAGCAUUUAGACACAUAUUUACAUCUCCACCAAUUAAAACUGAGCAAAACGAAGAAAAUUUGAACAUUUCUCCAAAUUCAAAAAUUAUUAAUAUUAUAAAACAGCAACAAAUAAUAAACGAAUCCACUCCAAAGAACACUGCAACAACUUCAAAUAAUAUUAAAUUCAAUCCUAAAAAAAUUAAAUAUGAUGUAAAUGAUGCGGUUGAUGCAAGUGUUCCAUGCAAUUCAAAGGCUACAAGGAAGCUAGAUUAUAAUAAAGAGAAACCAAUUUCGUACAAAUUAGUUGAUAUUUACAAAUUUAUUUUUAAACAAGAUAUGCCAACAGCCCAUCAAGCUGAAUAUGAUGUUUUCGCUUUGAUGAAGUGUUGCAGUGAAGUACAUAAUCCGUUUUUUGAGUAUGCUGAUAAUAAUUGUAAAUCUUUAAACGAUUUUUAUUCAGACUGA